UCUAGGCAGACCUUGGGUGCCUAAAUUGAGCUACUUGGCUGUGCUUUGUUUGAAUAUCAUCUCACUCACAUUUCAAUUUCACCUCGGCUUCAUCGCAUCCCGACCAACUAUCUUCAACUUCCAUCAAGUAACUUACGAACCAAGCAAUUACAAUGAGUCAAGACUUUACACCAGCCGCCCUUCUCAUUCCUGAGCUCCUUGAGCUAAUCCUUCUAAGUGUCGACAUGCAAACCCUCCUCACAUCUCAACGAGUCUGCCGUCUGUGGCACAAUCUGAUCAAUAUCUCCAAACCUCUCCAGAAAGCACUAUUCUUUCUCCCUAUCGAACUAAACCCAAACACUGCACGGAAAACGUACACUCGCAACCCGCUUAUCAGAAAGAUCCUCUGGCCGAACUUCAUCUGUUCCACGCCUCUCAGCGAAAGCACAAGAUAUCUUGACAAGUACCAACGAAAAGAAGCCAGUUGGCGACGGAUGCUAAUGCAGCAACCACCAACAUCGAUAAUCGGGAUUCUCGAAUAUUACCCACCCAAAAGAGGAAGAUGGUACAGCAAAAUAUCAGUCAAGAAAACUGGUGAUCAUCUGCGCAUGGGUGUUCUCUGUGAUCCUAUUCUGGGUGGUGUGCUUCGCCCGUGUCCAAAGCCGUGGCUAUUUGGGGACCAGCCGCGGCUUCUUGGGCUUUUGAAAGUAUACUGGCAGGAUUGUGAAUAUUUACUCCACCAUGUUUGCGAUGUUGUGAUUUUUGUUUCUUCGCUUCAUUCUCUCUUUUCUUCUGAAGGACUGUCCUAUGGUCAAACCUCCCCGGAGAGGUGGUUGGAAGGGCUUCAAAGAGCUCCGACAGAAUACGAUAUUCAAGCUUUGGAUAGAUUUCCAUUGGAUUGUAAUUAUGGCCUUUGAAUUGAUCAUAGUCGGAAGAUUCUUUAGAAGUUGCUUAAGUUCCACGAGUGUACAUAGCCCGCAUCAACGAAAGCAUGAAUGAUUUUUUCUUAGCCAAAUUGAAACACGGGAACUGAUGGGAGAAAAAAAUUAUCAAAAACUUCUUCUGAGAGCUGUAUAAACUGCCUCUUGUAAUGAAGUUCGCGGCGCCAAAAAUACCUCGACGUUCUAAUCAAUGUGUAUACCGAUCCAACUCCCUGACCGAC